AUGAACAACAUCGAGGACCUGCUGCAGGUGAGCUGUGUGGAAAAGGGGCUGACCAACAUCCCCGGCGGGCUGCCGGAGGACACAGGCAUCCUGCUCCUCGCCUCCAACCAGCUGGCCAAGGUUGCCCUGGCCUCCUUCCAGCACCUGCCUCUGCUGUGGAAGCUGGACCUCUCCAACAACAGCCUGAAAGUCCUAGAGACCGGCGCCACCCUGCCCAAACUCGAGAAGCUGCUUCUGUCCCAUAACAGCCUGGAGAGCCUGCCCGCUUUCCUGGGGCUGCCCAACCUGAAACGCUUGGCAUUGGGGCACAACCGGCUCUCCCAGCUGCCUGAGGGGGCCUUCCGUGGCCUGGGGCGGCUGCAGGACCUGGAAUUGCAGGGCAACCAGCUGCAGAGCCUGCCUGUCGGAGUCUUCCACGGCCUGCAGGUGUUGGGGGAUCUGGACCUGUCGGACAACCGCCUGGAAGCCCUGCCCCCGCAGCUGCUGGACAAGCUGGAGAAGCUGGCGAUUCUGGGGUUGGAGAGGAACCGGCUGGAGCGUGUGCCACAGAACUUCUUCCCGGACAACGAGUAUGCCUACGUCCACCUGGUGGAGAACCCCUGGCUGUGCGACUGCCGGCUGGACUACCUGCGCGAGUGGAUCAAGGAUAACGAGAUCUUCGUGUACACUCGCAUGAACGUGCAGGAGGAGGGCAUGGACAAGGAGGUGAUGGAGAACGAGCCCGAGAAAGUCCUCUGCCACGGACCCCCCCAGGUGAAGGGCCAGGCCGUCAUGAAUUUCACAACCGUCUGCAGGAAACUCGGAGACGAGGACCCGGAGGUGGAAGUCGAGGGAGGCCCUGCGGAGGAUAGCUGGAGUCCCUCUCUGACCCCUCCCCCUUCGACGCCCACUGCCUCCAGGCGCUCCUCGCCCAGCCCAAGCACAGCCGUCAGCCCAAGUGGGGCCGCUCUCACAACCACAAGCGGCACUCCAGCGCUUAGUUCUAUGACGACACACUGCCCUACCACCAGCAGCCCUGGUCCCACCACUGCUCUCCGUCCCCUCACCACAACCGCAGCCUUUGCCGCUUUCGGCCUUUCCACCAGUGCUGCCACUGCAGGGAAGUCAAGGGCAACUUCUAAUGGCCCCAUGACGACCCCAGGACCCUCAACCGCCCACACCCCAACCUCUGGUGUCCCUACCACAAUGGCAACCUCCUCCAACCCUCCUGCUCUCAGCCCCACGGCCUCAAUGCUCACCACCCCGCUUCCCUCGAGUGCCCCUCCACCAGCAACCACGGCAGCCGGGCAUCCUCCGAGCACUGCAGCCCUGGUCCCUCCCACCCCCACCCCCACCCAUGUCCAAAGCUCAGCCAGGAUUUCUGCUCCCCUUUCCACCCGCGGGUUUUCUGCCCCCAAGGCCUCUGCCCACUGUCUCUGCCCCAUCCUGCCUGUCAGGGUUCUCGGAGUGGCUGCUCAUCAGGGGUCCAAGGCAGAGUGGCUGGCUGGCUCCUGCUGCCUCCUGCGCCUGGUGCUCUACCUUGCCUGCUUGGCGUUGGUGGCCCUGCCGACCCUGGCCCUGCUCUGCUGGCUGGGCUGGCUCUCUCUCGGUUGGGACCGCCCGGCUGUGCGAGGAGCUCCGGGGUCCUGUCUGGCCCAGACCCAGCAGUGGCAGGAAGCCUCCCCCAAAGGAUGGCAGCUGAAGUUGGCCGAAGCCCCCCCACGUCGCACCUCCGGGCCUCGGAUCUACCGCGUCUGCAAGACGUUCCAAGUGGGCCCUUCCCGCCACGUCUCCUGGCUGCUGGUCAGCCUGCCUGGCUCUGCCGGAAAAUGGGCCCGGAUGCAGGCCAGGCUGUCCUCCUACAGCUUGGACAGAGGGAAGGACACGCUGGGGGCCGUGAGGGUGAAAUACGCCGCGGCCUCUUUGUAA